UUUUUCUUAACUAAAACUACUAUUCAAACUUUUUUUUCUAAUAUCCUGAAAUGUCUGAACAAAAUAUUCAUAAUAACAGAUAUUCUGAGGCAAAUACUAAUAACUUUUGGUUAACAUGUCCUCCACCUCCUAUUAUGCCACCUCAACCCAUUCAACCAGCGUAUAUUUUUGAUUAUAAUUUACCUUGUAUUCACCCACCUCUAUUGCCAUUUAAUACACCAGCACAAAACUAUAAUAUACCUUAUGGUGUUAAUGUUAGUAAUCAAUACUAUCAAGAACAAUAUGUACCAUCCAAUCAAAAUAUAAGCAAUUCAUUUUCAUCUCUUCCGGAUGAUAUUGAUGAAGAAUAUAUUCUUCAACAUUUAUGUCCUAUACCAAAAGCUUUAAAAGACGAAACUACUAUUUGGAUUGAAAAGUGGUUAGCCUUCAAAAAAAAAGAUAUAACAGUAAAGAAUGUAAAAUCAACAAAUGUAGUUGAAAUUAAUCAAAUCAGCAAUAUUGUAAAAGAAUGUAAACAAUUACUUGAAAAUAUGGAUAAUAACAAAACCACUAUGGAACAGAAUAUAUCAACUAUGACAAAAACUGAAUGGGAUAAAACUUUUUCCGAUUUAAUCUUAGAUAAAAAACAAAUCGAUUCUAUUAUAACAACAUUACAUUUUGAUACUGAUUCAUUGUCUGAGUUAAAAUUUCGAUUAGAAAAGAGAAAGAAAAAAAGGGACAGAUUAAAGAGACUUAAAUCUAACCUAAGACUAAUUAAAUCCCAAAAAAAAGAUGAAACCCUAGAAAUAAGUAGAAAGAUCGAUGCUUGGCAAAAUACUUUAAAAGAAAAUAUUCUAAAAGAAAAAAGAGUUAACAAAACUAAAACUGAAGCCAACAUUGUUCUAAAAGGGGUUAAAGGAAAAAUCGAAGAUGCAAAAAAUCAGCUAGCAUUGUUAGAUAGUUUGGAAAAAUUAAGAAAAAUUAGACUUUAUAACUGUGUUAAUAAAAGAAAAAAUCCACUUUUAGAAAAUUCCUUAAAUAAAUUAAAAUUACUUUGGCAGCAAAAAUUAGCAGAUUAUAAUAAAGAAGAAAAAGAAUUGAAAAAUAUGCUUAUUGAAGCCGAAGCAAAAAAACAUGAAAAACGAGGAAUUGAAAUUCAAGAAAAGUUAGCAAAAUGGGAUCGUGUUCUUUUUGGUCCAAGUUGUAGAUCUCAUGAAAUGGUGGUUGAUAAUUAUACAUUCCUUGAAAUACGGAGAGGUUGGGAUAAAUAUGUUGUUGAUGAAAACGAAGUUUCAGCAUCUAGCAGUAUUCCUGUGGGUUGGGUUUUACCAUUAGAACCUUGUAAUAAUGAUUGGGCUAAAUAUUCCAAUAAUGUUAAUGUAUGAUAAUAAUAAUUUUAAUAAAUAAUGCACUUAUAAAAAUUUAAAAAUGUAUAUAUUUGUAAUUCUUUAUUGCGUAUGUUUUUUUUUUUACAUUUUUUAAUUUUAAAUGAUAGCCUCUAGGCUAUUAUGUGUAUGGGGUUCAGCAAAGAAUUUUAACCCUUAAAUUCUGGUUUUUUUUUUUUUAAUUUUAAAUGUACUUUAUGACUAUAUUAUUGUAAA